AGGGAGGGAGAGAGGGACGGGGGACACGGGACACGGGACACGCGACACGCCCGGGGCUGACGGGCGAGCGGCCGGCCUUUGGCUCCGUACAUCCCACCAGCCCGGCUCGGGCGGGCACAGCCUUUUCCUCCCGCGAGUCGCAGGGCCUGUCGCCGACCGGGGUGCGGGCUGUUGGUGCUUCUCUGGUCACCUCUGAUAACAAGUGUUGAGGGGUAAAAUUUUUGUCCUUGCUACCUUUACUUUCUGCUUUAGGACAAGUGCCGGUCUUGAGGCGGCAGCCUGCAGUCGUGCCCGAGUGCCCCUUUAGGAUUGCGCUGUUAUAAAAUAAACUUUCUGCUCACUUCUAAGAAAAAGAUCUCCAAUUGUGUAGAGCGAGGGUGGUUGUAAGCAAAGCGUGUCCUUCGUGUUAACCACGCGUCUUGGGCUCGUACCAGUGUGAGUAGGGUGAUGGCAGACACUUGUUACUGGUUUAACCGCAGCCACCGCUCCUCACUGCCUCACUAGUGGGAAGGAGUAAAAAUGUAGAAAGCUGAGAUACAGAUAAUUUAUUAGGUAAAUCAAAAACUGUGCUGACAAGCAAAGUAAAACAAGGAAUUAGGUCACUACUUCCCAUGGGUAGGCAGGAGUUUAGCCAUCUCCAAGGACAGCAGGGCCCUAUCACGGGUAAUGGUUACUUGGGAAGAAAAAUGCCAUCACUCCAAACAUUGUCUUCCUCCCACUUUCUGUAUGAAGCAUUAUGUCAUUUGGUCUGGAAUAUCCCUUCAGUGCAUUUGGGUCUGCCCUAGCUGUCUCCUCCCUGCUGUGUUCAGCAAAAAUCCAAAACACAGCCUCGUAUUAGCCACUGUGAAGAAAAUAACUCCACCCCAGCACAGUAUACUAUGAUAAUACAUGUUUUCUGUAGACACAGUGUGGUUUAUUGCAAAACCUCACAUCUGUGUGUCUAUUCAAAGUUAGAUAUGCACUUUCAUAUUUAAGGUGGGGAAAUUACUGUCCAGCUGAAGCCUAAAUUAUCAGGAGAGUAACUUUCCCAGCAUAUUCUUAAGCAGGAAAAAUAUUGGUAGCUUCUGGCAAGGUAAAUUCAAGAAAAGCAUGUAUUAAAAUCUGAUAGUGAAAAGAAUGUGCUUGUUGCUUGAACAUGGUGGAUUUGUAGAUAAUCUAGAAAGUUCUGAAAACAUUUGCUGAUAAAACAUAUCUAUAAAGCUACCCAACUUGGAAUGGGUAUAGCUUUGCCUAUAGCAUUUCUGCCUUCUUACUUAAACAAACACACUAUUUCAAAUACUUGUUUGAAAGUAAUUCCCAACAAUUACUGCUCUUCUAGGUCGAUCAACUCCAAAAUGUUACCUCAAAAUCUGUGCCAAGUUUGCAAAUGUUUGUUUCUGUGUAACUUGAAACGGAAUUCAGUAAAUGUGUCUGGUUUGGCCAGAAGGAUCUAUUCUUCAUCAAAAAAGCUUUCUGACUCUGAGUCUAAGGAGCAAACUGUCCAGAAAUGUGAAACCGAAGAGUUGCCUCAAAGUACAGAAAACAGUAAUUUUGGAAGAUUGCACAUACCAGUGAUGCUGGAGGAGGUUGUUAAUUGUUUAUCCCCUCAGCCAGGUCAGCUCUUCCUCGAUAUGACGUUUGGAGCCGGAGGUCACACAACAGCUCUUCUGGAGAAAGCCAGCGACAUCACUGUGUAUGCACUUGACAGGGAUCCCACAGCUUAUAAAAUAGCCCAGCAGCUUUCAGAAACCUACCCGAAACAGAUUCAACCUCUUCUAGGACAGUUUAGCCAGUCAGAGGCUUUGUUAAUGUCAUCUGGGGUUGAGCCAGGGACUCUGGAUGGUGUUCUCCUAGAUGCUGGCUGUUCUUCUAUGCAAUUGGAUACACCUGAAAGAGGUUUUUCCCUGCAGAAGGAUGGACCUUUGGACAUGAGGAUGGAUAGUGACAGGUACCCUGACAUGCCCACUGCUGCUGAUGUUGUGAAUGCUUUAGAUCAACAGGCACUUGCGUCCAUCCUGAGAACAUACGGGGAGGAGAGGCACGCUAAGAAAAUCGCUGCAGCCAUCGUUCAGGCACGCAGCAUAUACCCCAUCACCAGGACUCAGCAGCUUGCAAGCAUUGUUGCAGGUGCUUUCCCAGCAUCAGCUCUCUAUGCACGAAAGGAUUUGCUUCAGAGACCUGCACAUGUUGCUACUAAAACUUUUCAAGGUCUGCGAAUAUUUGUAAAUGAUGAGCUCCAUGAACUUUUCAUAGGACUGAAGACAGCUGAGAAGUUUCUAAAACCUGGAGGUCGCCUUGUAGCCCUCUCCUUUCAUUCACUGGAGGAUCGUAUCAUCAAACGUUUUCUUCAUGGAAUUGAAAUGACAGAAAAGUACAAUCUUGGCUCAAAGCAGAAGAUAAGACAGGCUCUGAAAAAUUCCUCCAAAGAAGAUACACAAGAAUCUCCCUAUGGAAAAUCCAACUCAAAGUGGACUUUUAUACAGAGAAAAGUUCUCACACCUCAGGCCAAGGAUAUUCAAACCAACCCGAGAGGAAGGUCGGCCAAGCUAAGAGCUGCUAUUAAACUCUAAACCAAAAUAUAUGAUUACAUGAUUUUACAAUUUCCUUACAUUCUAUUUUCCAGAAUUCUAACUGCACAGAUAGUAUUGAACUGGAAAAAUAAAAUGAAGUAUUUUAGAAAACAUUUCUUUCUUAUCUUUGUGCUUCUUUUGAUUAGGAAGUGGUAUAGAGCAUGAAAAUGCAAAACAAAUGCUUUAAAUAAUUAUACAAAAAAGACAUUUUUUUUUUAAAGAGCAUCAAAUACCAACUUUAUAAAAAUUACAGGUUUGAUGUAUUUUUAGUAUUCCCUUUAGAUUAAUUUCAAAAUCCUGACAUUAACAGUCUAAAUUCAGUAGCUAGUUGAGACAUAUUUUUAUGAGGGUGGAUUUCACACACCUAAUUCUGAUGUUUGGUUUAGUCUAGAGUAAGUUUAAACUAACCUAAGAAUUCUUAAUGUGUAUGUCUCUGUAUCCCAACUAACUUGUUGCAUUAAUGCCUAUGGGAGAAGAGCUAAUUCUUAAAUAAAGUGACAUCUAUCCAGAAA